GAACAAGAAAAGCAUAAACCUCUGUAAAAUUUCACCCCUUUUAAUCUGCCGCCAUAAUUAAAACCUCAAACCUACCCCUGCCUUUAAGUCUAUCAUGUCGUAGCCAUCUCUUUUGAGGGAAAAAAAAAACUUGGCUGGCAUGCAAUUAAAAGCGAUUCGAAUAAAAGAGGAAAAUAAUUUAACUCGGAUGGGUGCAUAAAUGCGUAUGCUGUUUUAAAGGUGCGUGCAAAAGAGAGUUUAAAGAGACCGUUGUUUUUUCCCUUCCAAAAUUUAAUUUUGGUAAGCGGGCUGUUGCGUAAUAAUUCAUUCAAGGGGGGAAAAGAGAGAUUUUGGGGGAAAUUUAUUGCGUUUUUAUGAAAAAAGAUUGGAUUUUUCUAUGCUGGGCUGCUGUCAGAAAGUGAAAUCAAUGAACCUAUUGUGGUGUUUUUGCUGUCAGUUGCUGCGUGCUGCUGAUUGAAUGAUUCUUGCAGCGCCAAUAAUUUGGGAGAGAGAGAGAGGACAUGGACAGGGAGGAAAAAGUAAAGGAGGAUGAGAGAGAAAAGGUUGAAUUAAUGAGUGAAAAGUUGAAACUAGGGAUUUUGGUGGGUAAAAGGGAGGGUUAUUCUACGCCCUCCCCCACAUGGAAAUUUGGGUUAUUUCAAGAAGCCAUAGACUCGAGAAAUAUACUGUCUGCAAGGAAAUUGGGUGCCAAUCUGUGGGAAAUGCAGGCACAGCUCAAUCUCAGGGCUGAUGAUAAGAUGAGCACCAAAAGUGGGCAAGAUGAUGUUUUUGGGGCACAAGAAGCUAUUAUUAGCCCCUCAAAGCAGCCAAUAAACGGCAUUAGUCUGAGAAAGCAACUUAAACAAUCAUCGGCCGCACAACACAAUCCGAGAGUGGAGAAAAUCGGGCAAGGCCAGCCGCCUCUAUCUCCUGCUAGCUACUGUAGCUCGAUGGAGAUGGCUCCCCACAGAGCUACACUCAGCCCAAAUGGCUCCUUAACCCCAAACGGUAAAUUUAAAGACUCGGCCCAAGGCCUCAAAACAUCGACAGAAUUACUCAAAGUUCUCAACAGAAUCUGGACCCUCGAGGAAAAGCACGCCCUAGACAUGUCUUUAGUCAAGUCUCUAAAAGGCGAGCUCGGGCAAGCCCAGGCCCGAAUUCAAGAACUGCUGCAGGACAAAAAAAGGGAUCAAAGUAAAAUCGGCACUCUAACUGCUGGAAUAACGGAACUGAAAUCCAUCAGGAAAAAGGAUCAAGAUCGAACUAAAGAUGAGAAAUUGCAUCUCAAGCUGGCCAGUGAGCUCUCAGGGUUAAAAUCGUCAUUUUCCCAGGUUACGAAUGAACUCGAACGUGAGAAGAGAGCAAGGGCACUGCUCGAGGACUUGUGCGAUGAGUUUGCCAAGGGAAUAAGAGACUACGAACGAGAGGUUCGGCUCGUGAAGCAAAACUCGGGGGAUCAAAUUCUACACGAAGGACAAAAUGACCGUUUUAUCCUCCACAUUUCAGAAGCAUGGCUGGACGAACGAGCCCAGUCGAAGCUCGAGGACGCUCGGGAUUUUUCGGAAAAGCAAUCGCCACUGGAUAAGCUGUGUCCCGAAAUCGAAGCCUUUCUUCGGGAAAAAAAAUCCCUUACAAAAAAUCUCGAAAAAGAUCGGUGGGAAGGGCAUUUUGGGAAUUUAACUGCGAAAAGGGACAUGAGUGAUCUGGAAAUGCGUAGAAAAAGCCACACGAUGCGAAGAUCUAUAAGGGAAGGAAGGAAUAGUAUGAAAGACACGAAUUUAGAUAGAGAGGGUAGUACUAAAAGAAACUCAUGCUAUAAUUUUGUGGAAGGCCCAUUCGACCCGGCUAUGUUUACGGGCCCAUCGAGCCCAGUUAAGAAGUGGGUUUCUAUGGUGUCAGCAGCUGACCCAAAUGUGGGGGAGUCUUCUUCUUCUAUGAGAUGGUCGAAAGGCGUCAAACCGAAUACUUUGAAAGCUAAACUGAUAGAGGCGAGAUUAGAGGGCCGGGCGAGGACUUCUAGAAGUUCGUCGAGAGGCGAUUAGAGUUUUUAAGCAUGAAAAAGUGUAGUUUUAUGAGAGGAAUUUGGAGUUUAGAUUAAGGUUAUUCUGUACAUUUGUAAGCAGAGGUCAUCACUGUCUUUUCGUUCUUUGCUGUGUGAGAUAUAUUGGUUCUUCCCCUUAUUUUUGGCAGUUUAUGAGAAAUUUUACUUGUAUGCUUUAGAAGAUUUUUAGUUCUUAUGUGUUUGUUUACUGAAAGUCUGGAAUGUUAUGUUGUCAGCAUUUCUGGUGCGUG